AUGCCGCAUAUUUCGCUGCCCCUGGUGGCCCUUUUGGCGGGGCUGUUUCUUACAGCUCCCCUUGCGUUUCUGCUGCUGCGCCCGCGCGGCCGCACGCUGGUCCUGUCAUCCUGGCCGCACCCCAUCUGGCUGUACAUCCAGGCGUUUGCGGCAGUCACCAAAAUGUCCAACAAGCGCAAGGAAGCGCCGGCCUGCGGCAAACCCGUCCAGGUGAUGUUGGAUCACGGGGUCCACUUCUCCCCGGGCAGGCUGAGGCGCUACCUGGCCCUCGCGGGUUUCAGUGGCGGCACGGCGGGGGAUGUGCCGCUCAUGUACCCCCUGGUGGAGGGUUUCCGGCUGUUCAUGCAAGCUCUGCUGCUCCCAGCCUUCCCCUUCAACGUGCUCGGCAGCGUGUUGGCGGGGACACGCGUGGUGGCUCUGAGGCGCAUCGGGGUGGACGAGAAGCUGCUGUACAGCUGCCGCGUGGAUCCGGCCUUCCGUACGACAGCGAAGGGGCACACCGAGGUGGAUGUGGUGGUUGAGGCUCACUCAGUGAGGGGCGACAAGAAGAGGAGUCCGCAGGCGGCGGGCACCGAGGGGGCGGAGGCUUCCGGCGCGGGUGUUGGUGGCGGCGCUGGUGGCGGCAGCGAGGCGCAGCUGGUUUGGCGAAGCGUCACCACCGUCAUCAUUUUGUCGCCAAGGCGCAAAGGCGCCAAACGGGAGCAGCAGCAGCAGCCGCCAGAGGCAGCAACGGCCACUUCGGCGUCUGGCAAGCUCGGACCCGACGCGGGCCGCCGCUACGGGCUGUUGAACGGGGACCUGAACCCCAUCCACCUCCACCCGGCGACCUCAGCGCUGUUCGGGUUCAAGCGCCCUAUUGCACACGCGCUGUUCCUGACGGGUCGAGCUGAGGCAUCGCUGCGCAAAGCCGGACUGGAGCUGCACUACCCGUGCGCACUCACCGCGGAGUUCAAGCGUCCCACGCUGCUGCCUGCCACACUGCAUUGCGCCUGGCUGGGCGGAGCCUCCGGUCUAACUGCCGCCGCCAGCGGCCUUGGCGCCGCGGAGCUCGACAGCCGCGAGGGCGUCCGCUUCGUAGCUCUGUCCUCCGACCUGUCCAAGGAGGUUCUCGUCGGCCGGGCGCCCCCUAUUGCAGCGGCCACCUCACUAGCAACCAUUACCACAUAA